AUGGAAGGAGCCGAAAAGAAAGAGGAGAAAAUGGAAGUGGAAGAGGAACCGUUGGACGAGGAGAUCCUUCGUAUGUCGGCGGACGAUCUGAAGAGCAGGACGCAUUUGCUGGAGAAUGAGAUACGCAUCAUGCGAUCCGAGGUACAGCGCAUCAACCAUUCGGUGCAAACGCUCAAAGAUCGCAUCAAGGAGAACAACGAACGAAUCAAGGAGUUGCAAGAAGAGGAGGGUGCCAAUGUGGAUUUGGAUGCACACAAAACGAAAUGUGCUGUAAUCAAGACCUCUACACGGGCAACGUAUUUUCUUCCAGUUGUGGGUUUGGUGGAUCCAUCGGAGCUGAAACCUGGCGAUCUGGUCGGCGUCAACAAGGAUUCGUACUUAGUUUUGGAGAAAUUGCCAGCGGAAUAUGAUUCGCGUGUGAAAGCAAUGGAAGUAGAUGAGCGACCAAAUGAGCAGUACAGUGAUAUUGGUGGAUGUGACAAGCAAAUUCAGGAGCUCAUAGAAGCAGUCGUUCUGCCGAUGACUCACAAGGACCGAUUUGUCAAUCUUGGAAUCCAUCCUCCUAAAGGCGUACUGCUUUAUGGGCCUCCAGGCACGGGUAAGACGAUGAUGGCACGCGCUGUAGCUUCGCAGACCAAAUCGACAUUCCUGAAACUAGCCGGGCCUCAGCUUGUGCAAAUGUUCAUUGGUGAUGGUGCAAAACUUGUUCGCGACGCGUUUGCUCUGGCCAAAGAGAAGUCUCCGGCUAUUAUUUUCAUUGAUGAAUUGGAUGCUAUCGAUCGUGAAGUGCAGCGAACAAUGCUUGAAUUGCUGAAUCAGUUGGAUGGCUUUCAACCAAACGACGACAUUAAGGUGAUCGCAGCGACUAAUCGAGUUGAUGUGCUUGAUCCUGCACUGCUGCGUAGCGGCCGCUUGGAUCGUAAAAUCGAACUGCCGAACCCCACGGAGGAUGCGCGAGCUCGAAUAUUGCAAAUUCAUUCGCGUAAAAUGAAUGUCCAGUAAGU